AAGUGGGUGGGAGGGAGGACGGACGUGAGCCCGCUGACGAGAGCUUUCCUAUCAAUUAAUAAUGAUAAAAAAGAGCUGGUGAAAAGGACGCUGGCAUGGCUCAGUGGAGGCUGGCACUCGGGACGUCAGAUAUGACUGCGGCAGCCUGCUGACAUGAUCAUUGAGGCAGACUCGGAUGGGAUGGCAGCAGACAUCGGGCAUGCAGGUGGCGGACUGAAGACGAUGCUGGAUGCCAUGGAAGUACCAAGUCACGCGAGGGAUCUCCUCCUGCAGCUUAACAGCCAGCGCACCAAAGGAUUCCUGUGCGAUGUCAUCAUUGUGGUGCAAAACGCUCUCUUCCGGGCACACAAAAACAUUCUGGCGGCCAGCAGCCUCUACUUGAAGUCCUUGGUGGUCCACGACAAUCUCAUCAACCUUGAUCAUGAGAUGGUGAGUCCAGGGGUCUUCCGGGUCAUUCUGGACUACAUCUAUACAGGACGUCUCACCGACGGGGACCCUGCCUCUCCCACUGAACCCAACCUGGGUGCUGUUUUGGCUGCGGCCAGCUACCUGCAGUUGCUUGACUUAGUAGCUCUGUGUAAAAAGAAACUAAAAAGAAAUGGCAAGUACCCUCCUCGCACCGCUCCGGCCUUCCUGCCUUAUGCAAAGAUGGGUGGAAUGGGGUUAGGCAACGGAGGACGCUACAGGGUUUCCACUCCUGUCAUCCAGUCCUGUCCUUCUGGGGGGAUUAUGAACAGCCACACGCCCCGGCCUCCACCCCUUGAGGAGCUUGUUCCACAUCGGCUCGCCAUCCAUGCUGGCGAGCUGUACGCUCCCACCUCCACCCAAGGCCCUCAGGCCUUCCCAUCCAUGCAAUCUGUGUUGCCGGCUCAGCUUAGUUUACGUUCGGCGCUACCGGAGAGGAACUGCUCCCCGAACUAUGGCCUGGAUCUCUCCAAGAAGAGUCCUAACUCUCAGUCUCAGCACACCGCCUCCCAGUCCCAUGUGGUCAGCACCCACAAUGAAGAGGAGCGAGAUGGGACCCCGAGCGGUCGCACAAGCCCCACACAAGGAGCCAAUGGCAGGGCCUUUCUGUCUGAAAAAAUGGAGACAGAUCAGACAAAUGCCGUCACUCCACCACCUUUUCCCCAUAACCAGCCCCUUGGCCCCCACCUGCCCCACCUUCAUCGCUCUGGCUCACAGGGCACAGACCGCUACCCCUGCCCGCCGAGCCCGGACACCCUCACUGAAAUCGGUGAGGCCGGAAGAGAACUGGGCAACAUCUACCGCUGGGUAAAACACGAGCCUCUGCCGUACACAGCAGAGGACGAGGAUGAAGAUGAGGAUGAGGAGGAAGGGGGUGAAAAUGGAGAGCGGCGUCACAACCACCACAAAGAAGAGAGCGAGGGGCCAGAUGACAAGAGUGGCUCUGGCACUGAGGAGACCGUCAGCAGUGAGGGCCGUCCGUCCCCUUCUGGACCCAUGGGGAGGUUCCAUGUUCCGUACGAGCCGGAGAGUUUCGGGGACAAUCUAUACGUGUGCAUCCCCUGUGACAAGGGCUUCCCGAGCUCGGAGCAGCUCAACGCGCAUGUGGAGACUCACACAGAGGAGGAGCUGUACGGCAACUCGGGUGGCGAGAUAGGAAACGGUAACAAUGGCAAAAACAUCAGCAGCAGCACCAACGGUUACGGCGGGUUGAGCGGGAGUGGCACCCUGAACAGCCUCUCCCACCUGGAGACAAAGUCCAGCCAGGCUUUGGCUUCAGGGGCCAUCGGGGAGAUGAUCCGUCCAUACCGCUGCUCCUCCUGUGACAAGUCCUACAAGGAUCCGGCAACCCUGCGGCAGCAUGAAAAAACCCACUGGCUUACCCGGCCGUACCCAUGCAGCAUCUGUGGCAAAAAGUUCACCCAGCGCGGCACGAUGACGCGCCAUAUGCGCAGCCACCUGGGCCUCAAGCCCUUCGCCUGCGACUCCUGCGGCAUGCGAUUCACUCGCCAAUACCGUCUCACCGAGCACAUGCGCAUCCACUCUGGGGAGAAGCCGUACGAGUGCCAAGUGUGCGGUGGGAAGUUCGCCCAGCAGCGCAACCUGAUCAGCCACAUGAAGAUGCACAGCAGCGGUGGCACGGCUGCCGGCCUGACCGCCGAGGGCAAGCUGAAGCUGGACUUUGCAGAGGGCAUCUACCCGCUGAGCAAGUACACUGCCGAGCAUCUGGGGCUCAAACAGGAGAAGGCGAAUGAGCUCCUUCUCCAGGCACAACAACAGCUGGUGGCUGACGCCAAGGCCAUGGAGAGCCUCUACCCGCUCUCCAAACUGGCGUCGGAGCACCUUGGGGUCCUCGGCCAUGAUAAAAUGGACGUCCUAUGCCAAGCGCUUCCCCCGCCCCAGCAGGGCCUCACUGAGGCCCGCACCAUUGACCGCUACUCACCCAGCUAAGACAAUCGACCACCACACGCCACACGCAGUAUUCAGACGCCGUUCACCUCAAGUAAAUAACCCCUGUGCACCUCAGACUGUCGACUGUAAGUGCCUUUCUAUGCAUGUAACCUUUGAAGCCUCCGACCAUGAGGAGCACUGUGCUAUCUAUCCUGUGACCAAGGGACACUCGCUUGAGAGCAGUAUUUAUGUCUGUGUAUGCAAAAAAAAAAAAAAAAAUUCCAGCCAUUGAGCCAAAGCAUCAAAAAUUUCUAAAAAUGUGCGUAUUUAUAUUUUUGUAUUAUGACAUCCAAAGAGAAGCUUAAACCUUUAAACCUGUGUUAUGAGAAUCAAACGUAAAUGAUCCAGGGUUUGUUGUGUACAGAUGUGAGCGCGUUGCCUCAUCUGGACUUCAAAAUGAUGGGAGUUUUGCUUUGAGUUUUCUAUGAUAUGUAAAUUUGGAGUCAAUGAUGGAUGAUCAUGUCUUCGGUGCAGGAAGCGUGGGUCCAGUUCCCGCUUAGAACGUGACUGUGAAUGGUUGUCUGUCGCUAUAUGUGCCUUGAUUGCCAACCAGUCCAGGGUAUGCUCUGCCUUUUGCCCUAAAUCCACUGGGAUCGGCUCCAGCUUCCAACCAUCCUGAAUGUGGGUAUCGAAAAUAUAUGUACUGUAUGUAUGGCUAGAUGGUGUUAAUUUCGGGUUAUUAAACAGUGGAUAACGCUCCAUCUUGUCCCCACAUGCAGUGGCUUUUUAUUUCCACAUUUUGUUUGCCCAUUUCCAGCAUUCGAAGCUUAUUGAUAACCCCAGAUUUUUCUUGAUGUCCCAUCAUUGUUUGUGAGUCAUGGCUAAGUGCACUCUAAUGAUCUCACGACUGCAAAAUGAUCGUACAUCCCCGACUAGUGAAAACACAAAAAUCCCGGUCCUUCAAUCUGGGCGUCGGUCCUUGCGACAGGAGUAAUUGCUCCAUUUACCACGAUUAAUUGCACAGCGCUAAUUGGGGCUCCCCUGAUUUGACCCCACCCGGUGUCAUGUCUGUGAGGCCCUGCUACAAUUGACAUGCCAAAGUGAGUGUUUAAUGCACACGCGCCUUAUCCCCGCCCCAUCUAUUUCACACACACUUAGCAAAGCUGCUAAUCUGUCAGCGAUACCAGCACUAGGCCCUGGUGGUAGUCCGGUCCAGCUGUUGUGCGGCGGUAAUCCCUAUGAAAUCCUGCUUUCUCUUGGACAAUUCGCAUACACCACGUCCCAUUUCAUGCCUGCCAUUCCCUCAGCACUACUUAUUCUAAUGCCUUGAAUACCACCCCCGCCAUCAACCCCCCCCCCCUCCCCGCGCAUCCCCGAUAUCAAAGCCACAAAAACAACAAGAAAUGCAUGUUUUUUCCAUGCAUUUGGGGGCCGAACACGAGUAGCAGUCAAAAAAAAAAAACAAGAGCACUUGAAGUUUGCGGCUUUGAAGGCACUUUUUUUUUCGUUAAAUUCUAAAUGUUUAUCCCAAAGAACAUCCAGAGAACUUUUCCUUUGGUUUUUUUCCCUCCAAUUUCACUCAUCGCUAAUUCAGAUCAUCUGACCACUAUCGUGCCAAUUUCAACCUCAGAGGGUGAAUGUGAAGACUUUAAAGCCAUAAACACACUGUGAUGGGCCGUAUGACUUGUAACGGAAAAAAGAUAAAAUGGAAAAAAAAAAUGUGCCUUACCUUUUGGGUUUUUUAUUUUUAUGUAACGGCCGUUUUAAGGCAGCGGUGGGGAACCUUUUGAAAUUUAUGAACCGAAAACAGAGCUCUUGUGGGUUAAAUGUUUUGGGGGAUUUUUACUAUAUAUAUAUAUGUAUAUAUAUUUUUUUUUUUUUUUUUAAGUUGUUUUAAUAAUCCAUCGGAAUGCAUGUGUUCCCCACCCUUGCUUCGAGGGGUUUCAUUUGUGUAACAUAUGUACAAUAGCCAACCUCUUGUUUCUGUCACUUUUACUUGUCCAACCAAAGUAGUGCAAAUGAAAACUGGUGCUUACCUCAGGACCACACAGACACACACACACCACACACACACACACACACGAGAUAUAGCAACAUCUACACACAUAUAGACACACAAUUGUUGUUUUGAAACCUGUGGUUACUGUCUCUUUAUACAUUAGUUUUACAGCAGAGCGAUGACAUUUGAUAUUGCUUUUUUUAUUGUUAUUAUGAUUAUUAUGAUGUGUCGUACACUUUCCAUUGUGUUGUCCUCCAAAAAAAAAACAAAACAAAACAAAAAAAAAAAAAACAAGAGGCGUCUGCGGGUCUGCCCCGGUCGGUGGCUGUCUUCACGGGCUGUCUGUGAACGUCAGAACCGCACUCGGGGCUGAGCGCCAUGCCAUGUUGAUGUUGUUUGGGUUUAGAGUGAAGCUUCCAGGGACUUUUUACAGUCCGUUUGACACAGUGUUUGAGAGUUUGCGACAACACAUACACAUAUAUGCAGUAUACACACACACACACACACACAAGGGAGUCCUGCGUGUGUUUGGAGGACACUUUUUUCGGUUUUUGGAUUUUAUUCUUUGACGUGUGUUUAUUUUUUUAUGAGUGUGGUAAUUUGAGCCAUUCAUUCACUAGUUUUAAUAAAAUCUUCCCCCCUUCUUUCAUUGUUAUAAACACAAAUUUUCCUCUGGCGCUCUAAUUAUAAGCAAGGAUGGGAAGGGUUAGAUAAAACCUUUUUUAUAACGUGACGCUCCAAUGAAUACGCAUGCACGCACACAUGAACUCACAAACAAACAAAAAGAAGCUAGAUGAGCUCAAAAUUUUGACCAUGGUUUAGUUACCUCUACCCUACAAUACGUCCCCCACCUUUCCCCCAAAUGAACACCAGUCUUAGAUGGCUAAAAUACUCCAACCCUGCACUCAUGUAUGUACAGGUAUAGUUACUUUGUUAAUGAAUACUCUGGAGGAAGUAGACAUACUGAUUUAAUUCCUUUACAUAAAGUUAAAAAUCACCCAGACUGAAAUGUAUUAAAAGGUCAUUUAUUUUGGCUAUUUAGACCUCCACAGUGUGCCUCUCCAAUAUAUAUAUUUAUAUCGUAUCAAAGUGUCAAUCUCAUUUCUGAAACCGCCUUGGUUUUGCCAUACGAUUGUAUAGAAAAGUCCCCUCUGACAGCUACUUCUGUUUGACCCAGUUUUCUAUCCGCUUUGUCCAUAUUUGGAUUAAGAACCCCCCCACCUCUUUGCUCUGAUUGGUUGCCUACAUGUAGCAGAGCCACUUGUGAAAGCACACGUGUUUGUUAUGUUGACAGCCUUUGCGGGGAGCGUAGAGGUAGGCUAAGAUGAACGUAGAUAAGCUCGAGAAAUUCAAAUGGGCUGAUUUCAGGCUUCUCAGCAGAAAAAAGUCUCGUACUCAGGAAUGCUUGGAUGAUUAUAAUUCAAAUUUCACUUUAAAGGAGGAACCGCAGAGAAAAUAUCACAUCCCAAACACUAGGAAAAGUUGCUUUGGCAAAAUACAGAACCCUUUAAGUUUAUCAGUAAAGAGUAAACAUAUAUAUUUAACAAUUGAAAACAAUUCCUGCUUUGACAACUUAGCAGAAUGUAAAAAAAAAAUUUGCAUCCAAAAUAGUUUCUUUCAUUAAAUUAAACCGCGCUUGUUGUUUUUUAAGUCAAAUGCUCAAUAGCUCUGGUUCAAGCUCUUAUGCUAUCGAAGCAGUGUUCCAGGAAAUUUGCUAACAUUGCAAAUUGACAAACACAAAAGUACUAAAUUAGCUAAUUAGGAGAACAGAAAAAAAAUAAAAUCUGUCUUUGAAUAUUUAAUACAUUAAUUUUGUGGGUUUUAGGCUGGGAUUAGCCAUCAAUCACAUUUGGAGCUGACAACAUCUCCGAUCAAUCAAAAAUGUCAGCUUUUUUAUGUUGUGCCGUCAUCUGUGGAGGUGAAACAACUAAUUAGCCUUUUUCGACAAACCAAGUCGAAAAUACAAAUAUCUGUUUUCCAUCAUAUGCAGUAGAGUCAAAGGAGAACGUCAGAAAUGUAAAUAAUCAGCCAACAUAAACUUUUUGAAGGGUUGUCUGAGGACGUACAGUACGUAAGUGAGUGAGGUGCUUUUGUCGAUCACUAUAGGAGCCGGAAGCGUUCGCUUGUCUGUUUAUGCCAUCGGAGCGUGCGAAGCAGGGCCAAAUAAACGUUCUGGGAAUUAAGGCGGGUGCAAAGGAGACGAGCCGAGGAGCAGGAAGUGAACUUUUGGCUGUGGCGCAGGAUGUGUUGAGGCAGAUAGAGAAGGAGAAGAGCCAGGACGAGAGCAAGCAGGGUGGAGCCCGAGCCAUUGUCCGCCUAUGAAAAGGCUGCGCGAAGUUCUGAAACGCUCCAUUCACAAAACAAGUCGACGGUAUCUUCGCUUUUCCUUCCCCUCUCCUCUCGUUUGGGAAUAACCCCAUGCUCAGUGUCACGGUGAUACGGCAGCACGCACUGGAAGGCGUUCAAGUGCUUUGUGGUGAGGAUGUUGUGGAUUUUUCGUUAAUAGUGGGGUACCAGUCGUUUAGGUAGGCUACACACCAGGAAAAGUACAGAAUACUUAUUUUAAAAAAAUUAAUUUCUCUUCCAAAGGCAAUGUUAUAAACCGCACAGACUACACAAAUCAUUUUUCAUUCAUUAUAACACGUCACAACUGUAAAAACAGUUGAGCAGAAGACUUAACAUAGAUCAACUGAACUGCACAAGUUACUCUCCCUCACGUUUGUCACUCGUUGCUGGGCUGAGUUUUUAGCGCUCAGCUAAUCCUGCCUCAUAGACAAAUGCAAAAGGUAAGCUAUAUAGCUAAGUUAGCUAACAUUGCUCAAAUUGUUUCCCUUAACCAUAUCACAUUCAUCACGUUGCUUGCUGCUAGGCACAGUUCAUAGGGCUGACCCCAUCCUGCCCCAAGGACCAAUGGGAAAUUUAUAUGAAAAAUACUCUCAAAACAGCACUUUUAAGAUUAUAACAUAUGUUUGUAGGUGGCAUGGCGUAGGACUGGUUAGCACAUCUACGCAACUGUUCCUCAUCUGUGUGGAGUUUGCAUGUUCUCCCCGUGCCUGUGUGGGGUUUCUCCGGGUACUCUGGUUUCCUCCUACAUGUCCAAAACAUUCAUGGUAGGUUGUUUGAAGACCCUAAAUUGCCUGUAGGUGUUAGUUUGUUUAUACUGUAUGUGGCAUUGUGAUUGGCAGGUGAACUUAUUCAGGGUGUUCUCCGCCUAUCGCCCGGAGUCAGCUGGGAUAGGCUCCAGCAUGCCCAUGAUCUUAGUGAGGAUAAGCGGUAAUGAAAAUUACCAUGCUCGAAAGUUCUUUUUAAAUCUUCACAUUUCUCUUGCAAUGUCCAAAAUCGCACAUAAUGAAAAAUGAUUGUCUAAAUCUUCACAAUAACUUUUAAUUUUUGAGCAAUGGGGGAAAAAAACAUAAGAAAAUUACUUGCCAAAACAAAAUUUUUCUGCUCUCUAAGUAUUAAAUUCUCACAGCCACGUUGCUAUUGUCACAUUUUUUUAAAACUAUUAUCAAUGUUUCACACACAAUUUUAAAAUUUUCUGAGAAAGCCCACAUAAAGGUCAUGAGCAAUUAAUUUUAUUUCCAUUUCCAUCAGUUUUUCUAUGAUGCCUGCCCUCUUCAAGCAACUUCCUAAUAUAUAUGUAUAAAACGUGAUCAUUUGUCUUUGAUGAUUGCAUUUAUUUGGAACAAAAAAAGCGCCGUUGGCCUCCAGCGUAGUUUUAAAAGCAGCUGCUUUGAAAGUGAUGAAGAAGGCUUUUAUGAAAUUCCAUUAAUUAGACAAAUCCAAAUAAAAGCUUUAAAAAUAUUUAAUCAUGUAUGAUUUCUAAGUCAUUGAGAGACCCAUAACUUUUAUAACACUAACAGGAUAGAUGUUUAAAAAAAAAAAGAUGGUCUGGAUGAGUUCCAGCAGCCAAGUUGGACAUUGGCUUUAAAAGCCUUCUACCAACAAAUUGGGGGGGAAAAAAAGCCGCGUCCAAAGGAGAGAAGCACUAACCCGACGUUACUUAAAAAAGAAAAAAUAUGAGCGUCUUUGCAGUUUUAUGGAUUCACAAACCGGUUUUGCAACGUUGCCUUUUAGUGUGGAUAAUCAUAGGGGUCAAAAGCCACUAUUGUCCGAUGCCUAUUUAGUUUUUUUUUUUUU